AUGGCGGUCGGACAGGAAGUGCCUGAGUGGCGAGGAGAGGAGCUGCUGGAGGAGGUGCUGGAGGUGGUGCUGGAGGAGGUGCUGGAGGUGGUGCUGGAGGUGGUGCUGGAGGUGGUGCUGGAGGAGGUGCUGGAGGUGGUGCUGGAGGUGGUGCUGGAGGAGGUGCUGGAGGAGGUGCUGGAGGUGGUGCUGGAGGUGGUGCUGGAGGUGGUGCUGGAGGUGGUGCUGGAGGAGGUGCUGGAGGUGGUGCUGGAGGUAGUGCUGGAGGUAGUGCUGGAGGAGCCAGACAUGGAUUAA